AUGGCGUGCCAACGACCACAACUACACAAGAUGGGUGUGCACUACGCCAAGCGGAAAGAGUCUCUCCUCGAAAAGGUCGGGCUCCGCACCGAAUAUGUGGCCAUCGACGUCGACGUCGACGAUGGCACGAUGACAUGGCUCAACUCCCAGCGCACGUUUGCCCUUUCCGACAUUGUUGCCGCCGCAUGGACCCACGACCGCCUCGUCAAGCUCCGCGUGGAGACGGCGGACGACGUCAUGACGAACAGCAGCAGCUUCCGCGUCCAGUUUGAUGCGGACCACGACCUCGACGCGUUCCUGGCCGAGGUCGGGAUCCAUGCCACGUCGCCGGGCCGCGGGUCCUUCAGCAGCCGCCGGCGGAAAACGAGCUCGGGCGGGCGCCAAAGCCUCCUCGCGUUGCUUUCGUCCAAAUCGCAGAGUUAG